UGGUGCUGAAGCUGAGCUUUUUGGUUGCGAGCCUGGAGACGCGAUUGGACUGAGGAGCGGCCCCAACCGCCCUGUCUUUAUUACGAGAAGGGAGAGCCGUCGAGGGAGAGAGAGAGAGAGAGUGAGGUGGGAGAGUGAGAGUGAGAGAGCGUGAGAGAGAAAAGGGGCUGGACCAGAGACUGGGACUGUUUUUUUCCUGUCAUUUUUUUAAAAACAAUUUAUUUAUUAUUUAUUUUUCUUCCUCUGUGUCUCCAAUCCUUUAUGCACAGUACAUUGUUUCAGAUCAUUCAGAGAAAACAGGCGUUUGAAUUUAAAAGACAUGGCCUUUCAGCGUCAAUGAAAGACAUGGAAGCCAAACAUCAUUCGAUCAAAAGCCUUAAAAGCUACCCGGAGGCCGGCGGUCGGAGUCUGGCUGCGGCGGCAGGCGGCGACGGUGGAGGGUGUUACCGAGUCAAUGCGGAGGUGGAAAUGGAGUCCAAAAUUCAAAAGGCGGUGGAGUUUAAAGUGGAAGGGAACCGCUGCUACAAGGAGAAGAAAUUUAGAGAAGCGAUCGGGAAGUAUCACCGGGCACUGCUCCAGCUUAAGGGGGUCCUGGUCGUGGAGGGCACAACGGGUUCCGAGGUCAAUCUGCGCAGCAAAACCAAUACAAAGCUCACGGAGGAGCAGAAGCGACUCAUCGAGUGCACCGAGAUUGACUGUUACGAUAGCUUGACGGCCUGCCUGCUGCAGUCCGAGUUGGUGAAUUAUGAGCGCGUUAAAGAGUAUUGCUUGAAGGUUCUGGAGAAACAGGGGGACAACUUCAAAGCCAUGUACCGAGCGGGCAUUGCGUUUUACCACCUGGGUGACUUUGACAACGCGCUGCAGUACUUGAAGGAGGCCAAAAUCCGAGAACCAACAGAUACCAACGUGCUGAGGUACAUCCAGCUCACAGAGAUGAAAAUGAACAAGUGCAAUCAGCGAGAAAGAGAGCCCAGUAAGGAGGUGGUGGGCUAGCCGUCCCCUCCCCGGCGGUCUUGCAAGCUAAAAACUGUUUCCUGUUUUCCAAAGGACGCUGGCAAGCACAGUCCAACCGCUGCCACCGAGCCAUCGGAAAUUGACAAAGCAAAAGGGAAAAAUUAUUAAUAAAAGUUAAAAAAAAAAAAAAGUGAGCACACCUUCCAAUGACGGAGAUGCUGAACCCUGGAUAACAGGAGGGGAGAUGCAAGAAAAAUAAAGCUGAAUAUUCUGUUGGGAUUGUUAUAAUGAAAAAUUUAAAAUAAAUAAUUCAUUAAAUAAAUUAAUUAAUUAAACCAAACAACUUGUAUGUUAAAAAAUAAAAACAGCUUUAUUACCUGGGCCAACUUGGAAGAAAUUUAGUAGGGUAUAUCAGUAGUAAAUCGCUUGCUGUUUAUAAGAAGAAGAUUUCAUUUGCUGCAAAAAAAAAAAUAAAAAAUGUCACUAGUAGUCUGUGGAGAUCCAAAUGAGGACUUUUCUUGUACACCAAGAGUUCCUGAGUAGGAAUCUGUGUAGCUGUCGGUUGUUGAGUACCAUUCUUAAAUGCGAAUAAAGGGUUAAAGUGA